AUGACUGAACUUUCCUUCACCAAGACCUUCCUCCAAGGGGUCGAUUCCAAGCCUAUAAAGCUUCCAUAUGACUAUGUCGUUCCGCCGGAGGACAUGAGGCUACCUGUGCCAUACACUCUGCCCCGCCUCUCACCCCCGCAUCCUACGAUGGCCAAGAAGAUCAAGACAGCGGUUGCUCCAGGGUCUUCGAAAUCAAUCAGCGUUCAAUUAAAGUCUUCGCGAAAUCCAGUGCUCGAGUUCUCCGUAGACAACGUUCCCCUCACUACAACGACUGUUCACGACCUGCGCGAAGCCGUUCGCGAUCGAGUUGUCGCUAGUGACGGAAACCCUCCAGCCGGCGAGAAGAUCAAAAUACUCUACAAGAAGAAGCCAAUUGGUGGGAGCGCCGAAAAGACGCUGGCAGAGAUAUUGUCGGAUUCUGAGCCUGAUGUAUUCGCCGGGGGUAAAACGGUCGAGUUUGGCAUUAUGAUUAUAGGAGGCGCGUCGAUUAAACCAGAGGUUACAGAGUCUCCGGCAGGCUCUGCGGCAAAGGUCACAGAGACAGAGCCUCUUCCUUCGAAUCCAGCCCAGGGACCAAGCGGGUCGCAGGUCUUGCAAACAGAAGAAUUCUGGAAAGAUUUGGAAGGGUAUCUCGAAUUAAGGACGAAGGAUACGGUUGAGGCGCUGAGACUAGCAGGGAUUUUUAAGAGAGCGUGGCAAGCCGAUCUGGUGGGACCUGCCCGCUUUCUGCCUCAGGCACCAAGUGGCGUCCAUCCCAUUAAACGGCCAUCAGGACUUCAUCUUCUUCCGCCAACACAACCGCUGCCACACCAGACAUACCGGGUCUCUUUUGCCUCUCGUUUGCACAAGAUGGCUUCCGAUGGACCUUCAACUCCGCCUCCCCCGGCUGCUGCUCAGUCCGGUCAACUUCCUCGUGGCCCGCUCACGCCUGAACAACAGCGCAAGAUAGAAAUAAACCGCAUGAAAGCCAAGGCCCUGCGCGAACAACGUGAAGCCGAAGCAGUAGCAAAACGCGCCGCUCCCAUGUCAUCGUCAUCCAAUCCCCAAACCUCUGGUGUGAAACGAUCGUUUAAUACAAUGACAUCCUCAGAAGGCCCUGCUACGGUACGAGAUGCCGCAAAUAAUCGACCGCUUGAGAGUAUCAAACCUGCCAAAGCAUUUUCCAAAUAUGUCGAAUACGAAUUCAGUAAAAUGACGGAUACGAAAGGUGGAUUCCUGACACAGGAGGAUGACCCGCAUAAUAGAGCGUUGCACGUCCGUGAUGGGAAGGAGGAACAGAAACCAGCACAUAUGACACAAAAAGAAUGGGAGAGGAAAAAGCUUAUCGAUAACCUCAGAAGGAACAAAGCCGGUCCUUUCGAGCCUGGGUUAAGCGUACUUGAUGAUGAAGCGAAUAAAAAGAAGUGUAGAGAAUGCGGCACUUUAGAGAUUGAUUGGAAGUGGGAAGAGGCUUUCAAAUGCUGUGUGUGCAGCGCUUGCAAGGAGAAGUUCCCGGAAAAAUACAGCAUGUUGACGAAGACCGAGGCCAAAGAAGAUUAUCUACUGACCGAUCCGGAACUUCGAGAUGAGGAACUUCUCCCUCAUCUUAAAAAGCCAAAUCCGCACAAAUCUACAUGGAACGACAUGAUGCUCUAUCUUCGCUUCCAGGUUGAAGAAUACGCCUUCUCUGAGAAGAAAUGGGGCUCUCCGGAGGCUCUCGAUGCUGAGUUUGAACGAAGAGAAGCAGAUAAAAAACGCCGAAGAGAGACCAAGUUCAAACAGAAACUGACCGAUCUCAAGAAACGCACACGUGUUGAGGCCUAUCGUCGCAAUCGGCAGGGCCCUGCUGGUGGCAACUUCGGCGACGACCUCGGUGGUAAGAAACGACAUAUCCAUCAGUGGGGUCGAUUGGUCGAAAACCCGGAGACGGAGAUGAUGGUCAAGACAGAUUCCUUUCGCAAAUAUCUCAGUACACUGAAAUGUCUGCGUUCACUGCCUACAAAAAGUUACUGGAAGACGAGUCUGAGAGCCUUUGGCGAUGAACUCUGGCAAGCAAUCAACAUUGAUGAAGGCAUGAUUGCCCUAUCGGACGAUAUUGUUCGUGAAACGGGACUUCCACUAGCACAGCGAUGUCCUGGGACCAUACUAACGGUGUUUAUCUACUUCAUGGUCAUCAUAACCUCCACUGUGCGAUCGACAGCUGCCGCUAAUGCUCGAGUCAUGUUCAUCGUCCAAGAUCUGUAUAAAACUACUACCGGUGCUCGGGACAUAAGAGGUGAAGAAACCAACGUCAUGCCUCUGAUGAGGGUCCGGGUGCCAGAAAGCAUCAUCAACAGCGCGAGCUCACAGCUAUCCCUCGAUUCCCUAAGAUCCUCGUCUCCCCGGGGGUGCCGCCCGUCAGAUACGGAGUUGGCAUCACACGAAGAAGGCUUUGAUAUAUCCUACGGCGGCAUCAAAUAUAUGCACCCAAAAGGUUGUAAUAUCACCGUUCACACGGCGGGUCUCAACGGUCUCAAGGCGGCUGUGAAAGUUUCGGACGAUGGCCGAAUACAAAUGGGGCGGAAUUUCCAGGUCGGGGAGGACAGGAACCAAAUUAUUGUCUUCCCUUCUCUCCAGGCAGACAAAUUGAUAGGCAAGAUGUCGUCAGAAAAGGCAGAAGCAGUUUUCUCAGAGCCGAAAUAUGCCCUGUCUGACAAGCCGAGAACCGCAUAUCCAUGCGUGAUCCAGCGUGAUCAAGCAUGGGACAUUCGCUCUUACCCUUGCACUGGCUUGGGUGUUUGGCUCAUUCCAUUUAUCUCAUGCUCCCCAGCGUACCAGGAUAUCCUACAACGUCUACGAGACGACGGCAAUUCUAGGUUGAUCGAUAUUGGGUGUUUUCUCGGAAGCGACCUUCGCCGUCUUGCCUUUGACGGUGCUCGCACCGAGAACAUGUACGGUAUCGACAUUGUCAGCCACUGGGAUGUCGGAUUCAAUUUAUACCGCGAUCAAGACAGCUUUAAAGCGCAUUUCAUCGAAGCAGACAUGCUUUCCGUUGACGAAAACCCAGCCCUUCGAGCGCUAAAGGGCACAGUCGAUGUCGUUUCUAUUUCAGCAGUUUUACACCAAUGGGGCUGGAAAAAUCAGGUAGAGGGUGCCAAACGAGUAGCUCUGUUCACAAAAGGACCAGGUUCUUUGGUUGUUGGGCACCAGAUAGGUAAUGUGGACAGCAAGGAACUUAUCAACGAGAUGCUGAAGCUACCGCAAUAUCGACACAACCCAGAGUCUUUUGCAAAACUGUGGGAUCAAGUCGGGGCCGAGACUGGCACAGAGUGGACAACAAGUGCCAGGCUGUUGAACUGGGAGCAGAUGGGAUGGGAUCCCGAAGACAGUCGGUGGAUGGAGCCAGGGGUCAGAGUUCUUGAUUUCGUUGUGACUAGAGUCAAGUAG